UUACUAAAGUUGUCUAUCGUGCAAUUGCCCAGUAAAUUUAUUAUAUAAAGCACCCUUCACUCUCUUCCUAUCUUCACAUACACCUACAAUUAUUAUACACUUCGAACUUAACAGACUACAAACAUCAAUCCAUACAACCGUACAACCUAUCUAUACCAGAACCCCUUACUUUUACUAUCCAAGAUGUCAAACGACAACACAUCUACUCUCCAGGCAGUCGUUGACUCCGUCACAGGCACCGUACAGAAUGCCUACGGUAGUGUAACUGGCAACACAUCCCAUCAAGCGGAAGGGCAAGCCAAGCAGAACAAGGCCGAGACCGAAAAUGACGCUUCUCACGCAACAGCCAAGGUCCCAGGUUUCACUGCUUCGUCCUCAGGCGCAGUCACCAAGGAUGACCCUAACCGAACCUCCGGCGCGUACAACCAGACAGUUGGUUCAGCUAAGGAGUUUGUCGGUGGAUUAACUGGUUACGAGUCUUUAAAGGCGGCAGGUCGGCAACAGAACCAGGAAGGUCAACAGCAGGAGGCAAAAGGCCAAGUCAACGACUAUGCUAGCGGCAUUUCUGACCGUGUUGCUGGUACGCUUGGCGGAGCCGUCGCCGGUGUCACAGGCAACAAGGCUGCCGAAACAGAGUAUCAGCGACAACAUGACGCCGGAAAAACAACUCAACGGGGAGCCGAGGAGGAUAUAAUGAAGAAAGCUGAUGCUGAGUCUGCAGCCUCACGCAAGUCUUAAAUUUUUCAGCGAGUUGCCAUGUUGGGAAUUAAAUCCCAUAGUUAUGGCGUCUGGUUUUAUGAUACCCACGCGACAUGAGAUUAUAUAACUGGGAUAUGGGUCCGGUGGGCUGUGGAGAUGGAUUGAUAAGGCAGUAUGCGUUUAUAUCCGAAAUAGA